GAACGACCUUCGAGUGGAUAGAAUCUGCUCGCAAUCGAGUUGCAAGGAAGUCACGCAUGCGCAUUCACUAGGUUCGACUCCGACUCGACUCGGCGCUCGGCGCAGCGACUGCACAACAGUCACUCGCGGUCGUCCGUGAAUCACGAGCGUGUGUGUAACACGAGGGAGACGAUGUCGCUGUUGCUGGACGCGAGAUACGAGAUACGACGAGGACGCCAGCGUCUUCCGUAAACGCGCAACGCCGUAGGCCGUCGUCGGGAACUAAUAUUUGCGUGCCGAAGGCGAGCCUUCGACGCGUCACGUCGCCGCAGAGAACGGUGACAACGACCGCCUGUUUCGUUGGCCCCAUGCGCUCCUCCUCGCGGAACCAUGGCUUCUGUGAAGGUGGCCGUGAGAGUUCGACCCUUCAACAAGAGAGAGGUGGCGAUGAACGAGAAGCUGAUUGUACAGAUGGAUGGCAAGAGGACAAGGAUCUUCAAUACCAAGACACCGGAUAGCUGCAGAGAUAUCGAUCGGAGGAAGUACAAAGACUUCACGUUUGAUCACUCCUAUUGGUCCUUCGAUCCGAACGACGAAAAUUAUGCAUCCCAAGAAAAGGUUUUCUACGAUCUUGGUACGGACGUAAUAGAAAGUGCCUUCGAGGGCUACAAUGCCUGCGUUUUUGCCUACGGCCAGACAGGAUCAGGGAAAACUUUCACAAUGAUGGGCACACCGGAAUCUCAGGGGUUAAUACCACGGAUCUGCAAGACGCUCUUCGCUAGAAUGGCAGCCGGAAAAGAGAGCGGAGCGUCGUACAGAACGGAAGUAUCAUUCCUAGAAAUCUAUAAUGAGAGAGUGAGAGACUUGCUCAGACUGGACCAAAGCCAAUCCCAUUCGCUGAGGGUACGCGAGCAUCCCACGGGAGGGCCUUACGUCCAAGAUUUGUCGUGUCAUCUCGUUUAUGAUUAUUCGGAUAUUCAGGAAUGCAUGGUGAGAGGUAAUACGCACAGGACCACGGCCAGCACAAAGAUGAACGACGUGAGUAGCAGGAGUCACGCGAUUUUUACGAUAACCUUCGUACAGGCGGGAUUCUCGGAAGGCAACAUGCCGUCGGAGACAGUUUCCAAGGUGCACCUUGUCGACUUGGCCGGAAGCGAGCGUGCAAACGCGACCGGAGCGACAGGUCAGCGACUAAAGGAAGGCGCGCAUAUCAACAAAUCGUUGGUGACUUUAGGCACUGUGAUAUCCACGCUCUCGGAAGUAAGUUCCGCGAGCGGUGACGCGUCCGUCUCGAAGCGAAAUGCGUUCAUCCCUUAUCGGGAUAGCGUGCUCACGUGGCUACUGAAGGAUUCUCUCGGCGGCAAUUCCAAGACUAUCAUGAUAGCGACCAUUAGUCCAGCAGAAUGUAAUUACAAUGAUACUCUCAGCGCUCUCAGAUAUGCUAAUCGUGCAAAAAAUAUCAUCAACAAGCCGACCAUCAAUGAAGACGCGAACGUGAAGCUUAUUAGAGAACUCAGAGCGGAGAUAGAGAAAUUGAAGUCCCUUAUUGAUAAGAAUAUGAGCGUAGAGAGGCCGCCGCAAGUGUUGUUAGCUCAAAUCCAGGAGAAGCAAGAACAAGAGAAGGUAUUAACCGAGGAAUGGACCGAAAAGUGGCGAGAGACGCAACAAAUUUUGCAAGAACAAAAAGCGCUGGGAUUACGAAAAAGCGGAGUUGGUGUCGUCCUCGAUUCGGAAAUGCCGCAUCUGGUUGGCAUCGACGAUGAUUUACUCAGUACCGGCGUUACGUUAUAUCAUCUGAAAGAAGGAAAAACAUUAGUCGGCACGGAGGAAGCUACCGUUGUGCAGGAUAUUGUGUUGACCGGUGCGGAUGUGGAAUCGGAACAUUGCGUAGUCGAAUUAGACAGCGGGGUUGCGACGCUGCAUCCGCUCUCGCCUCAUUGUUGGAUCAACACUGCCCAAGUGGACAAGCCGACGAGACUGUCGCAAGGCUGUAUCAUUCUCCUCGGCAGGAACAACAUGUUUCGGUACAACGAUCCGGCGGAGGCGGCGAAACUCCGAAAAGAAGGCGGCUCGGGUAACGGCAAUUUACAAUCAACGGUCGUCAAUUUAUCGAGAUUGUCGCUCUUGAGCUGGAGCGUCUCCGAUCUACAUGCUUCCUGCUCCAGCGAUAAUCUCGUGAACUCGAGCGAAGAUCUCAGAGCGGUCGAGGAAUUGGAACAGCAAAAGGCUGCGCUUCUGAAGGAAAAGGAAGAUUUCAAGCGGGAACAAGAGGAGCGCGAGGAGAGAUGGGCCGCGAGGAGAGAAGCAUUGGAAGGUGCCCAACGCGAAUUGGAACGCGAAUGGGGUGCGCAAUGGAAGGAAUGGGCGGACGCGAUCGCGACUCUGGAAUCGCGUCAACGUGAGCUGCGCGCGCGCCGACAUCUCCUGGAACAAGAGCGACGGGACGAAAUGACGCAAGUAGAAAAUAUGUGUAGGGAAGUCGCCUAUCUGCGCACAUUAUUGCAGUCCAAGCAUCGACAACUGCAAGAGCUCGUAAACAGUCGUGAACGUGCGCAAAAUCAUCAGCAUCAAUGGGAAAAGACGGAUAACGGUACCGGUAGCGACGAUAGUCUGCCCGAGUCAUGGUCCAGCCUCAACGAUGAAAAAUGCAUCGAUAAUAUCAGAGAACUGGUUAAUCAUCACAAGAAAGAGCUAGCUGCCUUGGAAAAUGAGUUGCAGAGCAAGGUCAGGUCUCUGAAUGAACAUCAGAGCAAGGUGGAUAAGAUGGAGGAAGAACUCGUGGAGAUCGCAAAAAGGCAAAAGCAGAUAUUUAAAGCAGAAAUGGUUGAUGCAGGAGUAACGGAAAAGAAAUUAUGGUUGGCUAAACGAACUCGGGAACAGCUUCAAGAAAUUGUCCGGCGGAAACAAAGUCUGUCGCUGGAUCUAAAAUGUGCUCUACCCGCGUCUUCGGACGAUGAUCGUUUGUUAAACUGUUGCAUCGGUACAGCUUCCAGCUGCGAUUCCAAUCUUUUCCAAGAAACGAAUAAUAGGAAAAUCGCCUCAAACUUAUUGCCACAGAGUAUUCCAAGCUCCGAUACUGUGGAAACAUUUCAUACGGCGGCGGCUGAUUCCCCAGAACUUUGCAUAGCCUUCGAAAAUGCCGACUCGACGCAGAUGAGCAAUAUCGCGAAGAACGAAUCUGCGAAUUUCGAAGAACGGAAAGAAAACUGCGAACGAGACGAUCACUUAACGCAUGAUGAUACAAACUCAUCCGAAGUAGAGAGUAAAAAUAUAAUGAACAUCAGUAAUAAAACCAUGGAAUCAAUGAGCGACGAGGAUAGAAAACAGCUUUCGGUAUCAAUUAUUUCGGAGAAUAUGCUUCAGGAUUCGCUAGAAUCCCCGAUACAGCAAAAUCCAGCAAUGAAGAGACUCAACCAAAGAAUCGCACGUCAGCGGAUGAUGGUGAUGAGAUGUUUGGACGCCGGCACAUCGUCGAAAGAGGAUCUCAAUCGGCAGAUAAUGAUAUUACAGGAUUUGCAGAGGCGGCAGAUCGAACUGGAAGUAUCGCUGUUGGAGGACGAACGGAAAAAUCAUUCCACUAGGCAACUCCAAUGCGACGACAGCAGCGGUGGCGACGAUAAUAGGCUCGUCAUCAAUGAGGACUAUGUACAAAACGAAUCAAGUGCUUACUGUAGUGUUGUAGAACCUACAAAUAAUAGUUCCGCCAUUCUAUUAACGGUAGCGCAAACCAGAUCUCAACUUUUCAGGAAUAACAGGCCUAAUACUAAUCAAGAGACUUUAUCGGAAUCGUUAGCGUCUAAAAGAGCCUCGUGUCGAGGUUAUUCAACUGUUUAUUUGACGAGUCAAAAUCGCGGUGAUCCCUUGAGUAGUCCGUAUUCGCUGACAAUCACGAGAUCUCUCCCAUCGUUGAUAGCAAACGACAGCGAUUGCGAUAGCGUGAUUAAUAUGAUCGUCAGUGUACCGUCAUACGUGAUACGCGGAGCGGGCGCAUCCAGCCAUUACGAAUACGAGGUACGAGUGGUGGUGCAGGACGACAGUUGGACGCUGUUGCGAAGAUACAGAAGAUUCCGCGAAUUAUAUACAUCGAUGCGACAAAAGUAUGGUAGUAAGGUCGCGGCAAUACGUUUUCCUCCACGUCAAGUCUUUCCAAAGUACGAGGUCGUAGCGAGGCAACGUCGAAAACGCCUCGAAGAAUACCUUCGCCGAUUAAUUCAAGUUUGUUCGGAACUGCCGCACUGCGAAUCCUUAUAUAAAUACAAUGGCAAUCUCAGCAACAUAGAUAAGCAAUCCUUGUUAGAAUUUAGUCCGUUCUUCAGACGUGGUAUGUUUGAGAGUGGCAAAUACGGGACUAGCUAAAAAAACACUAUUGUGAAUGAGAACAAAUACAAACCUUUAUAAUUCAUUGUAUUUGUUUUCAUUUUCUUUCUAUUUAUAAAAAUGUGCAGCAGUUAGAGCAAACGAAAUAUUAGUAAAAUGUAACAAUGGCGAUCUAUACAGAGCAAGUCCCCAUAUGUGACAUUUGUAUGUCUGUAAUAUUUCUUAAAUUAUAUAUUAAUUUUAGGAGAAAUUUAUGCAAUAUCGUUCAGGAUAAAAACGAAAGCUUCUAUAACAUUGUAAUUUUAGUAAAUAUUACAUAAAUUAUUUAUCGAGAUAAUUGACGUACAAAUGUCGGGUGACAUGUUCUGCACAACUUUUUAGUCGUUAGAAAAAUAUAUGCUUCCGAAAGCUUAACUAGCUAAUCAUAAGACUGGUUUUAGAAAAAUAAGCGUUCUUUACCGAUACUGUCUCGUGCGCGUGUUGCAAGCGCGUGGGCAAGCACAUAGAGACAUUAACGGGAAAGUAACGUCAUAUAUUCUUUAUGAGACAAAGAGAGAGACAAAGAGAGAGAAAAUCAUCUAUGGGCGAGGUGAAACUUAUCGCGUCAUAGUAUGACUUAUUUUAUCCUUUACAGAUAUUUUCCUAAUGUCUUUCUCUCAAUAGAAUUCACAAAGUGUACCUUCCUUCGAUAUUAUAGAAAAAAAUCUUAUAUAAUCGUUAUAUGAUUCUGGUUACGUUACGAAGCACAAGGAUUAUUGUAAAUUAUAUAACGAAUUUAUCAGCAAUAGCGACCAUAACAUUUUGCAGUAGUUUGUUCACUGUAACCGAAGAUUUACUUCGUGCGUCGAAUAAGGUUUUGUAUACUCAAAAUUCAAAGUAGCAAAAAUUCUACUAACGAAUUGAAAAAACCUUUCAUUAUAAUAAUAAUUAUCAGCUUGCAAAGUUAACAAUGUAUUACAAGUAUCAACAGAGACAAGUAUCAUAUCGCUAUUAAAAUUCUCCCGGUUCCGAGGAGAGAGAGAUAUAUACAUAUAAAAUAUGUAUGUUCGUAUAUAAAUGUGUAUAGUGCAAGGAAUUAACAGACUCUCGUUAAAGUUGGAAUCGUUAUGCAGCAUUUAUUUCAAUAUUAGUAAUUAAACCAAAGUCUUUGAUAAUUAUCGAUUUUAGGAAAAUGUGUUGCCGCAUUGCUGUGAAUGAUGAUUGAUCAGAUUAAAAUUAAUGCAAAGCACGCAAUUAAAGUAUUAAAAUUUAUAUAUAUAUUUACAUAUACAUAUGUAUAUAUACAUAUACAUAUAUACAUAUAUAUAUACAUAUAUAUAUAUAUAUAUAUAUAUAUAUAUUAAAAAAAUUAAAAAAAGCAAAAGAACUCUUUACAUGCGAGAGAUUUUGAAAUAAUGCAUAAAACUGCUUCUUCGUUACAUAGUCAGAACAUUUCUCCUUGUAUUCUUCUGUAUCGGAUAUAAAGAAAGAGUAACGAACUUUCAACUUUGAAAAAAUUAUUUAGUAUGCUAAAAUAAAAUCUAUAAGCAUUUUAAGCGCCACACAAUAAAUGCUUUUCUGUAGUAUGAUAAAAAAGUAUUUAUUCCAUGGCUGUAUGUAUGUGUAACUGAAUUCGUGGAGAAAUCCGAUGAAAUCACCUUGGCUAAUAUAAUUAGUAACAGUAAACUCGGCGCACUCUAGAGCAUAAUACCGUCAAGAAGUGUGUAUUGCAGAUUAAUCAAGAUGUAUAUAUAACGAGGCAGUUAUUACUUAUUCGAACGGAGACAUUACCUCACUGUACAAUUUAUAUCGCGAUCGUCAUCUGCUUUUUUUUUUAUACUCGAGAAUCUACUUAUAUGUUCUGUAAAUGUAACAAACGGAGUACAAUAAAUUGUUAUAAUGCAGUGCA